AUGGGGGGACUGGGGAUACCAGGGGUACACGGGGAGGCCAGGGCACCUGGGCACGCUGCUAUCCAGGGCACCCAUAGCGAGCGGGGUGCAUCGGGUGCUGGCAGCUUGGUGCUGAGGCCCACUGCCAUCCCACAGCCCGAGCAGGAGGCGCUGGGCGCCGGCUCGCCUGUGUUCGGAGAGGAGGAGGAGAAGGACCUGAACAAGGCGCUGGGCGUGGAGCGCUUCGAGGAGAUCCUGUGCGACACGCACCCCCGUAACGCCGAGGAGGCCGGGCGCAGCUAUGGCGAGGAGGACUUCGAGUACCACCGCCAGUCAUCCCACCACAUCCACCACCCCCUCUCCACGCACCUGCCCCCUGACACCCGCCGCAAGAAAGGGGCACCGAAAAAGGGCAAAAAGAAGCACCGCCGUGCCUCCGUUCCCGGUGAGACACCCACCAUCGAGGAGGCCGAAGAGGAUGAGGAUGAGGUGUGUGACACGGAGACGGAGCGGUCAGCGGAGGAGGUCCUGCAGCCUAGCCCGCCCGAGGCAGUGCAGGAGGAUGAGGUGACCGACCGCCAGGCAGAGGAGCCAGUGGCUCCUGCGGCGCUGCCCGGAUCCCCUCCGGACCCCCGGCGCUCCACGUCCCCUGGGGAAACCCGGGCAGGCAGCCCUGAUAUGGAGGAGGGAAGUUUGGUGGAGGGAGCGGCCGCCGCUGUGACUGGGUCUCCCGGUCGCCCCGUUCCCAAGUCACAGCCGGGGCACCGCAGUUACAACCUGCACGAGCGGCGGCGGAUCGGCAGCAUGACAGGUGCAGAGCAGGACCGGUACCAGAAGAUGCCGACGGACGAGUCAGAGGCCCAGACGCUGGCCUCAGCUGACCUGGACUACAUGAAGAGUCACCGCUUCGAGGAUGUGCCAGGGGUGCGCCGGCACCUCGUCCGGAAGAGUGCCAAGGCACAGGUGGUCCAUGUCAGCAAGGACCACAGGGAGCCCAGCACACGGCACCGCAAGCAGGACCGGCAGCCCCACGAGGUCUUCGUGGAGCUGAACGAGCUGGUGGUGGACAAGAACCAGGAGCUGCAGUGGAAGGAGACGGCGCGCUGGAUCAAGUUUGAGGAGGACGUGGAGGAGGAGACGGACCGCUGGGGCAAGCCGCACGUGGCUUCCCUGUCCUUCCGCAGCCUCCUGGAGCUGCGCAAGACCCUGUCCCACGGGGCCGUGCUCCUCGACCUGGACCAGAAGACGUUGCCAGGGGUGGCUCACCAGGUGGUGGAACAGAUGGUCAUCACCGACCAGAUCCGCGCUGAAGACCGUGCCAACGUGCUGCGGGCGCUGCUGCUCAAGCACAGUCACCCGAGUGAUGAGAAGGACUUUUUCCCCCGAAACAUCUCGGCCGGCAGCCUGGGCUCCCUGCUUGUGCACCACCACAGCACCAACCAUGUGGCUGAGGGUGGUGAGCCAGCCGUCACUGAGCCCCUGAUCGCCGGCCACGCCACAGAGCACGACACACGGGUCGAUGUGGAGCGGGAGAGGGAGGUCCUCACCCCCACGCCCCCAGCUGGUAUCACCCGCUCCAAGUCCAAGCACGAGCUGAAGCUGCUGGAGAAGAUCCCGGACAACGCUGAGGCCACGGUGGUGCUUGUGGGCUGUGUGGAGUUCCUGGACCAGCCCACCAUGGCCUUUGUGCGACUGCAGGAGGCGGUGGAGCUGGAUUCAGUGCUGGAGGUCCCUGUCCCUGUGCGGUUCCUCUUCGUGCUGUUGGGACCCAGCAGCACUCACAUGGACUAUCAUGAGAUUGGGCGCUCCAUCUCCACCCUUAUGUCUGACAAGCAAUUCCACGAGGCUGCGUACCUGGCUGAUGACCGCCAUGACCUCCUCAAUGCCAUAAACGAGUUCCUGGAUUGCAGCGUGGUGCUGCCGCCCUCUGAGGUGCAGGGCGAGGAGCUGCUGCGCAGUGUCGCCCACUUCCAGCGCGAGAUGCUGAAGAAGAGGGAAGAGCAGGAGAAAAGGCUGCUGCUGGAGCCCAAGUCCCCCGAGGAGAAAGGUGCCAUCGGGGCGGGAUUGGGCUGGGUGGGGGCACCCGGUUGGCAGGGUCUCACUGUCUGUCCGUCUGUCUGUCCACGGGGCACAGCGCUGCUAAAGCUGAAGGUGGUGGAGGGUGAGGGUGAGGAAGAGGAGGACGAUCCCCUUCGGCGCACGGGCCGGCCCUUUGGGGGGCUGAUCCGGGAUGUGCAGCGGCGCUACCCCAAGUACCUGAGUGACUUCAGGGACGCGCUGAACCCCCAGUGCAUCGCGGCCGUCAUCUUCAUCUACUUUGCUGCGCUGUCACCGGCCAUUACCUUUGGGGGGCUGCUGGGGGAGAAGACGCAGGACCUGAUCGGGGUGUCUGAGCUGAUCAUCUCCACGUCGCUGCAGGGCGUGCUCUUCUGUCUGCUGGGCGCCCAGCCCCUGCUCGUCAUCGGCUUCUCGGGGCCGCUGCUCGUUUUCGAGGAGGCUUUCUUCACAUUCUGCACAUCCAACGAGCUGGAGUACCUGGUGGGGCGCGUCUGGAUCGGCUUCUGGCUCAUCCUCAUCGUGCUGGUCAUGGUGGCGUUUGAGGGCAGCUUCCUGGUACGCUUUGUCUCCCGCUUCACCCAGGAGAUCUUCGCCUUCCUCAUCUCCCUCAUCUUCAUCUACGAGACCUUCUCCAAGCUGGCCAAGAUCUUCCAGGAGCACCCCCUGCACGGCUGCCUGCGGGCCAACGGCACAGAGGCAGAGGCGUGGAGGAACACCAGCACAGCCCCGGCCAACAGCACGGCUGGCCGCACCGCCGCCAAGGUUACGGGGCAGCCCAACACGGCACUGCUCUCGCUGGUGCUCAUGGCAGGCACCUUCUUCAUCGCCUUCUUCCUGCGCAAGUUCAAGAACAGCCGCUUCUUCCCGGGACGGAUCCGGCGGCUCAUCGGGGAUUUUGGGGUGCCCAUUGCGAUCCUGGUGAUGGUGCUGGUGGACUACGGCAUCCAGGACACCUACACGCAGAAGCUGAGCGUGCCCAGCGGGUUCUCGGUGACGGCCCCAGACAAGCGGGGCUGGGUGAUCAACCCCUUGGGUGAGAAUAACGACUUCCCUGUCUGGAUGAUGGUGGCCAGUGGCCUCCCCGCCAUCCUCGUCUUCAUCCUCAUCUUCAUGGAGACGCAGAUCACCACGCUGAUCAUCAGCAAGAAGGAGCGGAUGCUGCAGAAGGGCUCCGGCUUCCACCUUGACCUCCUGCUCAUUGUGGCCAUGGGUGGCUUCUUUGCGCUCUUUGGGCUGCCGUGGCUCGCCGCAGCCACAGUGCGCUCCGUCACACACGCCAACGCCCUCACUGUCAUGAGCAAGGCCGUGGCACCCGGGGACAAGCCCAAGAUCCAGGAGGUGAAGGAGCAGCGAGUCACCGGGCUGCUGGUGGCCGUGCUUGUUGGUUUGUCCAUCGUCAUCGGGGACCUGCUGCGGCAGAUCCCGCUGGCUGUGCUCUUUGGGAUCUUCCUCUACAUGGGUGUCACCUCCCUCAACGGCAUCCAGUUCUAUGAGCGCCUGCAGCUGCUGCUGAUGCCCCCCAAGCACCACCCUGACGUCACCUAUGUCAAAAAGGUCCGCACACUGCGCAUGCACCUCUUCACUGGGCUGCAGCUGGCGUGCCUGGCCGUGCUCUGGGCUGUCAUGUCCACGGUGGCCUCGCUGGCCUUCCCCUUCAUCCUCAUCCUCACGGUGCCACUCCGCAUGUGCCUGCUCAGCCGUGUCUUCACCGACCGGGAGAUGAAGUGUCUGGAUGCAGACGAGGCCGAGCCCAUCUUCGAUGAGCGGGAAGGUGUGGACGAGUACAAUGAGAUGCCGAUGCCGGUGUGACCGCAGGCCAGCUGCCAGCUUGCCGGCCAUGGCCAAGCUCCCCCCGCGUGGGGAUGGGGGGGGGCAGCGGCCACAAAUGGGCACCCCACGCUCCCUGUGCCUUCGGCGGAGGGGACACACACACACACACACCUGCCAAAGAGACACCGGCCCACGGCCUGGCCCCACCAGGGACCCCCCACACACACCCAGGAGGGGCACUCAGUCCCCCCCGCCCAGGCACGUCCUGACUACGCCAUGGGGCAGAGCCCCCCCAAACUCACCACCCCAGUCGUCCCCACCCCCACCCCAGAAGACCUGCAGGCCCUGGGCUCCCACCAGACAAUCCAGUGUUGCCUAAAUCCCACCGUGUUUUAAGAGAGUAAUUUAAAUAGCAAUAAACAGCUUUAUAAGGAACAUGGUGGGCUGGGGAGGGGGGGCAAGGGGGAGCCCUGGGCCCCAUCCCCGC